GUUUUGUCCUACUGUACACGUGUACGCGAUCUUAAAACACAGUACCUUAACGGGAACGCCAGCUUAUACUUCAGGAUUGCUCUAAUACCCAACUCUAUCUCUGGCUAGAAAGAGAGAGUGGCCCCACCUGUCUACUUACCCUGACGAAAGAGGUUGAUUUGAAGAGGUCAUACUGUCUCAACCUCGGUACUCAUUGCACAGGAUCCCUUGAACACCCUUGGCGAAAGAAGGUCAGCAGAAAUACUCAGAAGAUGCAAGAGGAAACGCUAGAGAUUUUCGGCCACUACUUAGGUGCUCCUCUUCCUUUUGUUAAUAUUGAGGUGAAAGGAGUUUUGGUUCACUUCCUGGUCGAUACCGGGUGUGUGAUAAGUGCGAUUACCAGAGAGCAGUUGGCCAUCUUGGGUUAUAAGGUGAGCGAGCUGGAGCGUGGAUUCGCCACACCUCCUCAGCUAGGGUACUUAUGGCUUGAUUAUAAAGUCAACAGCGUCGAGGGAGGCUUGAUCUUCGCCGUCCUCGAUGACUCCGAGAACCUGCUGGGUCGAGAUUUCCUGAUUGGCCAUUGCUGCAUCAUAGACUUGAACAGAGGCAGGCUGACUUUGCGAGACGAAUUUCAGUUCCAGGCUUGGGAGCCGCUGAAGACAACAGUGACCGUAGAAGGCACAGACGUGGAGAUGGAGAUCGACACCGGGACCGAGAGCAUCCUGAGCGGCAGCCUGAGUCUGGCAAGGGAACUCAACUUGCCCUUAGAGCCUGUUCAGGGCAUGUCAGUCUCAGGGGUAGGAUUCAGUGGCGCGGUUCCAUACCAAGCCCGAAAUGUGUGCGCCAGGGCAUUCGGGCGAGAGAUGAGCAAUGCUUUUUACAUAGUGAACCCCAAAGAAACGCCGGAGGGACAGCAGGUUCCUUUGCUGGGGGCGCCUUUCUUCAUCGGGCUGGAGAUGCACCUGAAACGGGACGGGACGCUGGAGGUAAAGUUUCCCAAGGGAAGACCCAGCUGGAAGGGCAUCACCGAUCCAGUCGGGCCCGGAGAAGAGGGAGAGGCAGACUCCGACGAGGAACUUCCAGAGGCUUGUUACAAUGGCGCUUUUUGAUUCACCACUGCUUCGCCAGGCAGCAGCAUUACUUCCCCUUGCUCCAUCGCGUAACUCAGCCUGUAGUCUUCCGCCUCGACCUGUGAUUUGACUGACGGAUACGUGCUACUACUUCAACGGAAAUCUGCGACCUGGUACAACAACGCUGCGUUCAUGGAUUCGCGAGAAGGGAGAGAGAGAGAGAGAGAGAGAGAGAGAGAGAGAGAGAGGGGGGAGAGAGAGAGAGAGAGAGAGAGAGAGAGAGAGGAGGGGGGGAAGGAGAGAGAGAAUGGAAGGGGGGGGGUGCAGAUAAAUACAUACGGUAAAACAAAAUUGAAAUACACCAGUUUCGGAAUUUAUCUAGAUUUGCCCUUGUCUGUGUAAUGCCGGAAUAAGUGAAACAAAAGGACUGGAGUGAAAAUAACUCAAGAAAUAGGUGAUCUGUUGCCGAAUUGAAAAUUGGGAGAUAAAUACAUAAUGGAUACAGAUAAAUAAUAACAAACAGCAAA